CCCCACUCCGGCCAACAUUUCAGCCCAGCUGACCUCCAUUCACUCUUCCUUUCCUUCCUUCUCUCUGGGCUCUUUGCUCUCUCCUCCCACUCAACCCAUGAUUUCCCUACCAUGGAAAACCAUUGUACUCACUCUAAUUCUCUUCCACGUAACUUCUUCCUCCAUUGAAGCAGAAGCUUCUCCUUCUCUGCUCGACAGAAUUACCGGGUUGCCGGGUCAGCCCCCGGUCGGGUUCCAGCAUUAUUCUGGCUAUGUGACCGUUGAGCGAAAACAGAGAGCUCUGUUUUACUAUUUUGCUGAAGCAGAAAUAGAUCCAGCUUCCAAGCCUCUUGUCCUCUGGCUCAAUGGAGGUCCUGGUUGUUCAUCUCUUGGAGUCGGAGCAUUUUCUGAGAACGGACCGUUUAGGCCUAAAGGAGAAGUCUUGGUUCGAAAUGAGCAUAGCUGGAAUAGAGAAGCAAACAUGCUGUACUUGGAGACACCAAUUGGAGUGGGGUUCUCUUACUCAACGGAUACUUCUUCCUAUGAGGCUGUAACCGAUCACAUCACAGCCAGGGACAAUCUUCUGUUCUUGCAAAAGUGGUUUGAAAAAUUCCCACAAUACAGAAAUAGAAGCUUGUAUAUUACUGGAGAAAGCUAUGCUGGUCACUAUGUUCCUCAGCUAGCAGAACUCAUGCUCCAGUUCAAGGAACAUCACUUCAAUUUGAAAGGAAUUGCUUUGGGUAAUCCAGUCCUGGAAUAUGCAACUGACUUCAAUUCAAGAGCUGAGUUCUUCUGGUCUCAUGGAUUGAUAUCGGAUUCAACUUACAAAAUGUUCAGUUCCGUUUGCAACUACUCGCGGUUUGUGAGUGAAUAUUACAGAGGCUCAGUUUCGCCUAUUUGUUCGAGGGUGAUGAGCCAAGUGAGCAGAGAAACCAGUAAAUUUGUUGACAAGUAUGAUGUCACCCUUGAUGUUUGUAUAUCAUCUGUGUUUUCCCAAUCCAAAGCCCUCCUUCCUCAGCAAGUUGCUGAUUCAAUAGAUGUAUGUGUUGAGGAUGAAGUAGUUAAUUAUCUGAACAGGCCAGACGUGCAGAAGGCGCUUCAUGCUCGUCUUGUUGGAGUUCGGCAUUGGGCAGUUUGCAGCAACAUACUGGGUUAUCAGGUGCUGGAUGUGGAGAUACCAACGAUCACAAUCGUAGGCAAACUUAUCAAAGCAGGAAUACCGGUCUUAGUUUACAGUGGCGACCAAGAUUCUGUUAUCCCGUUGACUGGAAGUCGAACAUUAAUUCAUGGACUUGCAGAGCAGUUAAGACUAAACACCACUGUGCCUUAUAGAGUCUGGUUUGAAGGACAACAGGUUGGUGGAUGGACUCAAGUUUACGGUAAUAUGCUUUCUUUUGCCACCAUUAGAGGAGCAUCACACGAAGCGCCGUUCUCGCAGCCUGAGAGAUCACUCGUGCUAUUCAAGUCGUUUUUGGAGGGCCGGCCUCUGCCAGAAGUGUUCUGAUCUACUGAUCAGUUAGAUAGCGACCAGAUUGAGAUUGUAAGAAGUUUGGUUGCAAAGGUUUAAUCAUCUGAGCAUGAAAAAAAUUGCAUUUGUUUGUUAUUUGUAACAGGUUACAUGGGUUUGUCCAUGCUGUGGAAAGUAGAAGAAUUUUGUAAACAUCUCAAGAAAAAAAUGAAAGAAAGAAAGUGCUUUUGUAAAA